AUGCAGAUUGGCACCGAUUGUUUAUUCAUCUGGCCCAGUGGACCGACGCUGAUUAAUACUUUUGUGGGCACCAACUUGACACUUAGUGUUUCAUAUAGCGGAGUCACUGAGCCUCUAGUGACAUGGCUGAACGGGACACUGAUUCUCGCCACGUGGACCAUUGGCCUCAGCACUCCUCCUGACAUUGCCCCGGCAUACAGGAAUGUCUUAUCCAUGGAUCAGACUGGAUCCCUGGUCUUCCAGAAUGUUCCAGCCAGCUUCAAUGGCACAUACAUGGCGCAAAUGACAAAGCCAGGGGCUCAUGGGGCCUCAGUGAACUUUACACUCUUGGUAUACAACCUCAUCACAGAUGUUUCUGUGGUUGUAGCCUCACAAGACGCUGUAGAGGGAGGAGCGCCGUUCACUCUGUCUUACAGCUCGAUGCAAGGACCUGUCAAGGCUUCAACGUGGUACUUUAAAGGCUUGGAGAUGAUAAAUAGCACUCGGUACCUGAUAACUCAGAAGAGUCUGACCAUAAAUCAGCCAAACCGUAAUGACACAGGGCUCUACAGUGUGAUGCUCACAAAUCCUUACAGUAACGUGACACAGAGCAAGAACAUCACAGUGCUGUAUGGACCAGAUCAGCCGGUUUUGGAGGUCAGUCCCACAAAAGCGACCUUUGUUUCUGGAGAGACUGUUUCUCUGUCAUGCCGAGCUGAAGGUGAACCGCCUCCCUCGGCCUCAUGGGUGUUUAAGGGACAGGUCCUGCCUACCUCCAGCGGCACACUGCAGCUCACCCAUGUUCAGACGAGCCAGAGCGGCGUUUACAAGUGUGUUCUGGUUAACAGCAAGACCAACAUGCGUCUUACAAGGAACAUCACCGUAAACAUCCAGGGCCUUAGCGGGUCAGCCAUUGCCGGUAUAGCUGCUGGAGUCCCAUGCGUUAUCCUUCUCCUGCUGCUCUUCACAAGCCUUAUCCUCCUCUGUUACUACUGCUUUAAAAAGAAAGAAAAGCAAAAUCCCAGAUAUCCUGUGACAAGAGCUGUGAAGAAAGCUGUUAUCAGUCAGCCUGAUCGGACCAAACCUCACCACCUGCUGACCAACGGCCUUAAACAGCCUCCAGCCUACAAUCACCAUCAUCAACAGGCUCCGAGUGAACGUUCAGGCUGCCUGCCCUUAGGGACUCCCCCUGUCAGAGUGGCCACUACGGUGUAAUACACCCUCAACUCCAUGGCCAAUCAUACGCUUCUGUGUCCUGAAGACAUAAGAGCCCUGGGAUUGCUCAGAUCUACCUCACACACUAUCUUCCUCCAAAGCUUUAAUAAUUUCCUACUUUAUUAAUUGUAAUUUAGAGAAAUUACCUUAAAUGAGACCAUGGAUGUUGGCAUAGCUCACUCCGGCCCUGUCUACUCCAGAAGGGAACGAUCUAAAGUAGGCCACUUUGUGCAAUAAAUGUUGCAAGCUAUAUAUAGAAGCUAUAUACACCCUAGGAAUACCGACCUAUUUGCCAGAGAGAAUCCAAAACGGCGAAGAAUUGACAGAGAAGUUGAACUGCUCAUUAAGGCUUAAUUCGUGCAUAACUUCAUUAAUAAUUGUAAUUAAGCAAAUCUGGGUAGAAGUUAUAUGCAGCCCAGGCAGAUCUACCUUCCUGCCAAAAAGAAUAAAAAUCGGUGAAGAAUUGAGAGAGAAGAAGCGAUUUUUGUGAAAUGUGGACGACGCUGAAUGGACAAAACAUGAUGGCAUAAACUCCUCACCUUUCGGCCGGAUGAGCUAAUAACUGUUUAAACGCAAUGUGAAUGAUUUGAUAAACACAAAAAGAUGCCUAAUAUCACGGGCGAUUGCUCUAAGACAACGAGGGAGGCUCAGCCUCCUCUAAAAAUGACGAACAUCGUGUAGGAUGAACUGCGCUAGGCUUAUGUUAUAGCCGACCUUAUAACAUUGCUAUUUCAGAUCCAGAAUCAUAGAAAUAUAUGUGCUCAACCCAACUACAGUGCGAAAUCAUUCCGUUAUAACUUUCCCCAGUUUGCCUAAUGUGUGCGUGAGUUUUCCCCCCUUGUGACAGCGCGAUGCAGCGCAGCCUCAGUGGACUUCAGUGGCAUUUGGGAGCUCUGUGCUUUUCAAUCUCAAAAUGCAAGACAAUUAUUGGACAAAUACUGCGAAAACGCCCGCCCACGGAGUCCCACGGACUCCCAGCCUCAAUGGACUUCAAUGGCAUUCGGGAGCUAUGCGCUUUUCAAUCUCAAAAUGCAAGACGGCUAUUGGACAAAUACUGCGAAAAUGCCCGCCCAUGGACUCCGAGCCUCACAGUGGGAGGGACAUGGCAGUUUCCGCGAGGAGACUGGUGAUUGGUGAAAGCGGCCGGAUAUUUUCUUUGAUUGACAGCUCGUUUCAACUAUAG